UGUAAAAAGUCUUUUCUUCCCGGCUUUUAGUCCUGAAAGGCGUAAUCGUCUGUUGUAUUAUUUUGAGAUUGGUGAUAAUAUUUAGGCAACUACUAGACAGUUGUUUCUAGUUAAUGGCAUAUCCAGAUAUUUGUUGUGUUUUUUAAAGAUGUUUUUGCAUAUAUGCACUUUUGAUUUUUACGGCUAUUGAUUUAUAAUGAGGGACAAAUAUAUGGUGUUCUUGUUUAUGCUGGUUUUUGGGGCGUCUGCAUCACCAAGGAAACGAACAGUCCGACAUGUCUCUUGCCAAGAAAACCUAGAGUACAAACAUGAAAAUCACUGCUGCUUGAACUGCCCUGCUGGAGAAUAUGUUAAGGAGCAAUGCGCAGCUGAUUUGACACGAGGGACCUGUGAGCCGUGCCCACACGAGACCUACACCGAGCACGCCAAUGGCCUGACACAGUGCCUCCCUUGUAAGAAGUGUCAUAUAGACGAAGAUAUGAUCAAGAGCUGCAUCUCGACCCAGGACACAGAGUGCCAGUGUAAAUCAGGUUUAUUUUGUGUUCCUGACCAAGCCUGUGAGGUUUGCAUGAAAUGUUUAAAAUGCAAACCAGAUGAAGAGGAGGUGAAAAACUGUACCGCCACCUCCAAUACUGUCUGCAAAAUGAAGUCCUCUUCAUUCGCUGUCUCAGGUAGAUCUUACCCAGGGGUGAUUGCUUUUGUCAUAGUAUUAUGCAUCUUUGUCACCCUGCCCAUCUGUUUCAUCUGUUGGAGAAAAGGAGUUUUCAAGAAAGAAACAGAGAUUUCAUGUAAAACGAGUGAGAUUUUCAAGUCCAACACGGGUGACCUGCAGGGUGCAGAUGAGCUGGCUCCUUUCCAGGCAGACCCGUUGCAGGGACAUGUCCAGUACAGACAGCUUAUUCCAUUUGAUGGGCAAGAAUCACUGAAGAGAAGUCUUGACCUUUUUGGAGAACUGGAUAGUAGCUAUCAUAAGAGGUUCUUCAGAAGAAUUGGGUUAAGUGAUAAUCAGAUCCAAAGUGUGGACCACUUACCUCAUGCGGACAGGGUGUAUGAUCUGCUUCGUAUAUGGAUGGAAAAAGAGGGUCUGAAAGCAGAUAUCAAUCACCUUCUUGAAGUAUUACUCAAUUUGGAUCAAAAACUCACUGCUGAAAAUAUCACUGAUAAAGCCAUUAAGAAUGGGGAUUUUAUGUAUGUAGACGAUUGAUUUGUUUGCUAUUGAUCUUUCCGACCUUUAUGACACCAUAAAGAGCGGAUGGACUUUAAUUAUUGCAGCAUAUUGUGUGAUGACAACAUUAUGCACUCACUGCUAUUUCUCCUGAGUAUACUUGAUUUACUUCUAGGUGUUUACAAAGAUUAAAAGUAUUUUUAUUAAAUAUUUCCUUUUGUCACACUGUAUUGGAUAUGCAGUAUGAAAGAUUGGUUUAUUUUUCAAGUUGUAUGUGUUUAUACAAAAUGCACUAAAAAAUAAAAUCUGCAGGAAUGUAUUUUAUUAUGGUAAAUUAAAUUUAUAUAAACUCAAAAUUCUGAGUUUUUUAAUGGAUUUAUUUAUGCUAGUCUGUGUUUUACCUUGGAAAAUUCUUGCCAUUGAAUUGCGCAUGGUUGCUUCAAAUUGGUUAUCAUCCAAUAACCUGGCAUAGGUUAUUUUCUCUCUUGUAUAUCAGUAUGGAGUCUUUCAUGAAUAUGUUGAAGUGAACAGCUCCACCCAGUGCAUACCAUGCUUCAUGAACUCCAUGCGUCAUGAAGCAAUGUAUUAAAACGUAACUAAUUAAGGUUUUGUGUUUUUUGAAAGCCUCUAUAAAGAUGUACAUCAGUGGUCAGCAACCAGUCGAUCGCAAAGACAUUUUUUAGUCUAUUGGCAAAACAUACUGGAGGGGCACACCCCAGUCACAAUUCAGCAGCUCACCAUCGUCUUUUCUUUGUAAAAGUGGCUCUCACUCUGAAUAAAGGUUGGACACCAGUGAUGUAUAUCGAUAUUUAAAACAAACAUGAAAGUAUAUUUUAUUUGUAAUUUUUGUAAUACAAAAUGUCCAUGUGAAGAGUUUUGUUUUAUUUGAUCAGAGAUCUACUAUUUUUUUUUCUUUGUAUAAUGUAUUUUAUAUUUAUGGCGUCAUUUAGUUAUUGUAUAUUUCUAGCAGAAUAAAAUUGUAACGCAUUUGUAAAUUGGUAUUUGAGUACAUAUUGAAGUCAACUGCAGAAGUAAUAUAUGGACAAGCUGUAUGAAAUACAAUGGCUGCUGUUUCAUAUGUGUUUCUGUGUGUGUAUUAAAUAUAACUGCUGUUACUCCACA